GAGCCUGCUGAUAGGGCAGACGGCGGUCGUUACGUCAGUGAUCGGAGGCGGGGCCACGGAGGCGCCGAGGCCACAGCGGCCAGCAGUGCUCGUGGAGGCGGCGGCAGCGCUGCAGCUGAGCUGAAGCGAGGAGGAGAUGGUGGGCCCCGGGCUGGAGUACCGCGUGGUGCGCGGCGGCGCGGCCGACUGCUCUCGCGUGGAGAGCUUCCUGCGGCGCGUGUUCUACCCGCGCGAGCCGCUGUGCGCCGCGCUGGGCUUGACGGCGGGCCCAGCGGACGCGGCAGACAUGCCCGCUCUGGACGACCUGCGCGCAGGCUGGUCGCUGCUCGCCGAGUGCCGCCAGGACGGCGCGCUCGUCGCCGCCUGCAUCUGCGCGCUGCUGCAGCCGGCCGAGGACGGCGGCGCCGCCGGACACCACCGGCAGUUUGGGGACGAGCGUAUGGCGGAGAUCUGGCGCGUCGUGGGCGGCGCGCACGCGGCGGCCGGGCUGGAGGGGCGUCGCGCGCUGGACGUGUCGCUGCUGGCGGUGGACCCCUCGCUGAGGGGCGCCGGCCUGGGCCUCGAGCUGCUGCGCCGCGCCGCCGACGUGGGCCGCGAGGCCGGCGCCCGGCUGCUGACAGUGGUCUGCACCAGCGCCUACUCGGCGCGCCUCGCCCACAAGCUGGGCAUGCGCUGCCUGCACAGCCUGCCCUACCACCAGGCCGGCCUCGCCCACCUGCCCCAGGAGCCGCACACGCACGUCCACGUCUACGCGCUGGACCUUUAACAGGCAUCCUACUGAAACUUCUCUCAGCCUGGAUGAAAGCGGGAUAAUAGAGGUGGAGGGUCGCCGUCACUUGCAACACACAGGCCGGGCUGCUGGUCACAAGCUACGCGAAGUUUCGACGGCUGGCGACCACAACUUCGGGAAAGUGUUUCCUGUCAUCCAGUAAUGAUGUACGAGGGCAGUUCAAUAAGUAAUGCAACACAUUUUUUUUCUGAAACAGGGGUUGUUUUAUUUAGCAUUGAAAUACACCAGGUUCUUCCCCAAUCUUUUAGCUACACAACACUAUUUUUCAACGUAAUUUCCAUUCAAUGCUACGGCCUUACGCCACCUUGAAAUGAGGGCCUGUAUGCCUGCACGGUACCAUUCCACUGGUCGAUGUCGGAGCCAACGUCGUACUGCAUCAAUAACGUCUUCAUCAUCCGCGUAGUGCGUCCCACGGAUUGCGUCCUUCAUUGGGCCAAACAUAUGGAAAUCCGACGGUGCGAGAUCGGGGCUGUAGGGUGCAUGAGGAAGAACAGUCCACUGAAGUUUUGUGAGCUCCUCUCGGGUGCGAAGAAUUGUGUGAGGUCUUGCGUUGUCAUGAAGAAGGAGAAGUUCGUUCAGAUUUUUGUGCCUACGAACACGCUGAAGCCGUUUCUUCAAUUUCUGAAGAGUAGCACAAUACACUUCAGAGUCGAUCGUUUGACCAUGGGGAAGGACAUCGAACAGAAUAACCCCUUCAGCGUCCCAGAAGACUGUAACCAUGACUUUACCGGCUGAGGGUAUGGCUUUAAACUUUUUCUUGGUAGGGGAGUGGGUGUGGCGCCACUCCAUGGAUUGCCGCUUUGUUUCAGGUUCGAAGUGAUGAACCCAUGUUUCAUCGCCUGUAACAAUCUUUGACAAGAAAUUGUCACCCUCAGCCACAUGACGAGCAAGCAAUUCCGCAGAUGGUUCUCCUUUGCUCUUUAUGGUGUUCGGUUAGACAACGAGGGACCCAGCGGGAACAAACCUUUGAAUAUCCCAACUGGUGAACAAUUGUGACAGCACUACCAACAGAGAUGUCAAGUUGAGCACUGAACUGUUUGAUGGUGAUCCGUCGAUCAUCUCGAACGAGUGUGUUCGCACGCUCCGCCAUUGCAGGAGUCACAGCAAUGCACGGCCGGCCCGCACGCGGGAGAUCAGACAGUCUUGCUUGACCUUGCGACGAUGAUGACACACGCUUUGCCCAACGACUCACCGUGCUUUUGUCCACUGCCAGAUCACCGUAGACAUUCUGCAAGCGCCUAUGAAUAUCUGAGAUGCCCUGGUUUUCCGCCAAAAGAAACUCGAUCACUGCCCGUUGUUUGCAACGCACAUCCGUUAUAGACGCCAUUUUAACUGCUCCGUACAGCGCUGCCACCUGUCUGAAGUCAAUGAAACUAUACGAGACGAAGUGGGAAUGUUUGAAAAUAUUCCACAAGAAAUUUCCGGUUUUUUCAACCAAAAGUGGCCGAGAAAAAAAAUGUGUUGCAUUACUUAUUGAACUGCCCUCGUAAUAAUGUCUGUCAACGCUACUCACUUUCAGAUGUGACAUGAAAAGACUAUUUUCUAUCGUUUUGCAUCGCGCAAGGACAGUGCAGAAUGUCUAAUGUUCUUUAAUGUAUUGAUAAUGUGUAUAAACAUUAAUAAAAGGGGAGAUACGAUGAAACAUGAAAAUAUAUAAUAAUCUGAAUGUAUCUAUUGUGAACAAUAUAUUUUCUCUCCUCUCUUA